UUUGGGAAGGAUGGGAAGAAAGAAAGUAGGGUGACUUGAGAGAUGACAUCAUUCCUCAUUUGAAUAAAUCUCAGCCGGGAUAGUGAUUGGUUGUGAGCUGGAGAAAGUCGAGUUACUUGGCUAUUCAUCCCUUUCAAUUUCACCCCCGCGCGCAAUGCCGUGGUAAAACCCUCUCCGCCUGUCCAUCCGUCCCGGCCAGUAGAGAUUGUCUGCGUGGACUGCAAAUCGCUUUUCCUUUCUUUGGAAGGGACGUGCAUCACUUCUGAAAUCGGCGGUCGACAGAAGUUUCUUGGUAAUCUGGCUGCUGUACUUUGGCCUGUUUUUCAUCUCGUUCGGUUUCAUUUUCCAAUUUGUUACACUUUGUAUUCGAGGAUUCUGAAAGGAGUCGGAGGAUAUUGUCAAACACUGGGCGUAGCUGGAGAUCAAGCUAUAGUUAGCAACACUGCGUUGAUCAGACUCCACCAUCACCUGAGAGCAGUCACCAUCUUCAGUCUCAAGCUCUCCAGCCCUCCUUUGCAGAGACGGACAGCCAGGACUGAGGGGAGAUGAAACCGGAUGGGGUUGCCACGGCAGCGAUGGAGCCAAUGGAAGCACUGGACGCCGAUCCGGUAAACGAGCCAGUUGUGAUGGGAGAGGAGCCUAACCAGGCUGCGCCGGCACCGCAGACGGAGGGAGUUGGCCAGCAGGGAGAGAAGGGGCAGGGCGAGCCUCAUCCAGAGCCAGCCCAGGUGGCCCCCACCAAGACGGGAAAUAGCAAGGCUGCAGCAGACCCAAAAGCCAAGACCAAGGCUCUCGCUGCUAAGACAAAGCCUGGGACCACCACCACAAUUAAGACCACGGCCGGACCAGCGUCUCGACCCAACACCGCCCAGAGCCGACUGACCAAUGGGGUUUCCAAGCCACAUGCCAACGGAGUAGCCAAGAAGACCACCACUGGAGCCCCAGAAAAGACCACGCCCAAGAGGCCCGUAGGCACAGCCGUUGCCCCUACCACUAAGACCACCGCCAAGGUUGGUGAGAAGAAGCCAGCGGGCACCACCCGCCCUACCUCGGCUCCUGCUGCCACCAAUGGGGUGAAGGCCACCACAGGAACAGCAGCAAAGAAGACACCUGCCGCGCCAACUAAUGGUGUCAAAGCCACCACCACCGCUGCUAAGAAGCCCACAGCUCCCCGGCCUGUCUCUGCAGCUACCACCAAGCCCAGCACUGCCGCCGCUCCCAAGCCUGAUAGGCCUCCUGUUUCCAAGACAACCAGGCCUGCCACUGCUGCUCCAGGAUCUCGCCCUGCCUCUGCUGCAACCAGGCCAGCCACAGCCAGCACAGCCAAGAGCUCCACAUCCACAGCCAAGCCUGGCACCCCCACGGCUAAAACCACCUCCACCACUCCCAGACCAGCCUCUGCCAAAGCCGUCUCUACAACACCCUCAGCUGGACGGACCCCGACAUCACAGGCCUCAAAAACUCCCAUCAAGAAAGAUGUUACCAAAUCAGCCACCAAGAAGCCUGCAGCGGCGGCUCCUCUCACUCGUACCUCACCAGCCAAGACCACCAAACCUGAGACUCCCAAAUCAGCCUCCGCAUCCAAGCCAGACUCCACCCCCAAGAAGCCGGCUGCCAGCAGCAAGGCCGCAGACACCAAGAAGACGCCAAGCAAGCCCACGCCUUCAAAGGAUGUCAGUGCUGGCCCCAAGACCCCUAGUAGCAAGCCAGCAGGCAAGGCUUCCACCCCUAAGAAGACUGUGGGCAGCAACACCCCCAUGGCAGUAAAGCGUGGUCCCAAACCCACAAUGGCGGCAGAGCCCGCGACUGAAACUGGUGAGACCCAGGACGCCGCUGUUGCUGCUGCCAUAGCUGCAGCUUCCUCGGCUGCUGUAGUCUCCAUGGCAACCUCAGAAGAAGCAGUGGUGGCUGCAGUCCCAGAGGAGAAGGAGACUGUGCCCCCUCAGGCCAGCCAGCCAAAGGAGGCCCCAGAGGCCUUUAUCUCUCAGCUGUCAGCUCAGCUGGACCUGGUCCACCUGGAAGAGCCAGCAGACACAGUGUCUCCCCUGGGCACCACGGUCAUGUCUCCUCCAUGCUCCCCCACCGGGCCCAUGUCCCCGGUCAGGGAGCCCCAGAAUGCCUCUGCUCUGCUAGACAUGCAUGUCCAGCCAGAACCCAGGUCCCAGAGCCAGUCUGCAUUGGCUCCACAGAGUCCAGUCCAGGAGGAGGUGAUUUUCCAGCCAGACUCCUGGGCCCAGAACCAGUCUGCCAUGUCUCCACAGAGCCCGGUCCAGGAGGAGGUGAAGAUCCAGCCAGACUCCUGGGCCCAGAACCAGUCUGCCAUGUCUCCACAGAGCCCGGUCCAGGGGGAGGUGAAGGUCCAGCCAGACACCUGGGCCCAGAACCAGUCUGCCAUGUCUCCACAGAGCCCGGUCCAGGAGGAGGUGAAGGUCCAGCCAGACUCCUGGGCCCAGAACCAGUCUGCCAUGUCUCCACAGAGCCCGGUCCAGGAGGAGGUGAAGGUCCAGCCAGACACCUGGGCCCAGAACCAGUCUGCCAUGUCUCCACAGAGCCCUGUCCAGGAGGAGGUGAAGGUCCAGCCAGACUCCUGGGCCCAGAACCAGUCUGCCAUGUCUCCACAGCCAUGCCCGGUCCAGGAGGAGGUGAAGGUCCAGCCAGACUCCUGGGCCCAGAACCAGUCUGCCAUGUCUCCACAGAGCCCGGUCCAGGAGGAGGUGAAGGUCCAGCCAGACUCCUGGGCCCAGAACCAGUCUGCCAUGUCUCCACAGAGCCCGGUCCAGGAGGAGGUGAAGGUCCAGCCAGAUGAGCAGCAGGAGGACCUCCUCAUGCCCUCCUCUUCAACCCCUUCUGCGUUCACCAUGAUGUCUCAGGCCAUGGAUGAGUUCACCUCAGGGGUCCUGGUCUCUCCCUCUCAGGACCAGGAAGAGGCAGUGGAGAAGGCAGAUGAGGAGAUCAACGAAGAUGAUGACAAUGAUGACAACGAGGAAGAGGAGAGGACGGUGGGCAAGCCGACAUCACUGUUUGACAUGAGUAGCUCUCAGCCCUCUGAGGAGGCCAAGCCUGCAGGCUUCGGUGGUGCCACCAGUUGGCAUGGGGAUGACCUCUUGUCAGGGAUGGACUCUGAGGAUGUGAGCAGUAUGAGCAGCCGCCUGCAAGGGUCGUCAGAGAUUAGCAGCACCCAGCACACGGGCCUGCUGCAGGGUACCCAGAGCUCCGACGCCCUGGUAGACUCCAGCCUCAAGGGCUCCAAGGGAGAAGGGACCUUCAUGUGCUCCCUCGAUGUGGAGACCCUGGCCAUCGAGGAGGAGGAGGAAGAUGAAGAUGAGGAAGAGGAUAGGAAAGUGUGCAAGCCGACAUCACUGUUUGACAUGAGUAGCUCUCAGCCCUCUGAGGAGGCCAAGCCUGCAGGCUUCGGUGGUGCCACCAGUUGGCAUGGGGAUGACCUCUUGUCAGGGAUGGACUCUGAGGAUGUGAGCAGUAUGAGCAGCCGCCUGCAAGGGUCGUCAGAGAUUAGCAGCACCCAGCACACGGGCCUGCUGCAGGGUACCCAGAGCUCCGACGCCCUGGUAGACUCCAGCCUCAAGGGCUCCGAGGGAGAAGGGACCUUCAUGUGCUCCCUCGAUGUGGAGACCCUGGCCAUCGAGGAGGAGGAGGAAGAUGAAGAUGAGGAAGAGAAUAGGAAAGUGUGCAAGCCGACAUCACUGUUUGACAUGAGUAGCUCUCAGCCCUCUGAGGAGGCCAAGCCUGCAGGCUUCGGUGGUGCCACCAGUUGGCAUGGGGAUGACCUCUUGUCAGGGAUGGACUCUGAGGAUGUGAGCAGUAUGAGCAGCCGCCUGCAGGGGUCGUCAGAGAUUAGCAGCACCCAGCACACGGGCCUGCUGCAGGGUACCCAGAGCUCCGACGCCCUGGUAGACUCCAGCCUCAAGGGCUCCGAGGGAGAAGGGACCUUCAUGUGCUCCCCCGAGGUGGAGACCCUGGCCAUCGAGGAGGAGCGAGUUGAUGUUGAUGAUAUGGACUUGAGCUCAGAGCGGGCAGUGGACCACCGGAAGGUGUGUCAGCAGGAGGAUGAGGAGGAGGAGGAGGAUGAUGAAGAUGUGGAGAUGCCCAGCGAAGGGGUGACGGAGAGUGGACUGGAGAGCUGUGGGAACGCAGAUGAGGACGACUACACAGAGGAGGACCGCUUGGAUAACCUCAGCCGUUCGCCCAUCCCACCUUCCUCAGCCUGGGGUCAGACAAACCCCUUCACUGACCCCUGGGCCCAGCCCCACCUCUCCUCCCCCCACACCGCCUCCAGCCCCCUGUCUGACCACGGGGCUGACGGCCCUGAGACGCCCACCCAGUCCUCUGCCCAGGCCUGGUUGGAUCUCAGUGCCCCCUCUCUGAUGCUCCAGUCAGAGCAGCCCUCAGAGCCCCAGUCUGCCCCUGAGGAGAUGGAGAGCUCCGCCCCAGUGGAGGCCUCUGCUCCCCCAGGGCCCCCUGCUGUGGGCAUGUCUCAGUCCAGCACCUUGAGUGGCACGGCCCUGGCCGUCCACAGCAGCAGUGAAACCAGCACUCCCGAGGAGCUCCGUGACUAUGACAGCAGCUCCGGGGUGGAGUCACGCUCUGACAAGCAGCAGACUCCCGUGCCUUCCAAUGUGCAGCCUGACCUGGAGCAGGACUUGGGCAUCCAUCUGGAGCGAGGUGACGAGGAGGAGGAGGCUGAGACGCUCCCUGCUGACGAGGUCCUGGGAGCAGGCCCUCCUACUGCACCCGCCUCUGCCCCCUCCUCCCCCUCCACCUCGGGAGACGAGGCCAGCGACACGGAGGGUGAGAUGCAGAUCAACGACCCAGAUGUCCCCGUCACCAUGGAUGACAGUGCUGAGUUCGACAGCCCACCGUCCGCCUGUAUCCUGCCUGCCCUGGAAGAGGAGGUGGUGGAGGUGCCGGCCGGAGAAGGAGAGGAGGACGGGGGUGGCGGCACGCCCCAGUCUGCCAACUCAGUGGCGUCUUAUGGCUUUGACUGCACCAUGUCCAACUCCAACGCCCACUCCACUGCCGAGAGCUGCGGUAAGAGUCCCGGCAUCUUCUCCCUGGAGAACGAGGACCAGUUGCCCGAGGAGGCCAAGGACCCCUCCCUCAUCAAGGAGCUGACCCUGCCAGCAGCGGCCGCCCAGUCAGAGGAGCUGCUGGGAGGCCCUGUAGACCUGCUGCCCCUGGGCCAGCCUGGGGACCAGCACCACUACAUGCUGGGGGGGAAGAUGGAUGCUGACGACCUGGAGGCCAACACCCUGGAGGACACCCUCCGCCUGGGGCCCCAGCAUGCCGGGGAGGCCAGCGAGGGCCAGCCACCCUACUACUCUGCUAUAUGCGAUAAGACUGAUAGCUUUCUGGCAGGUAACGUAUAAGUCCCUACCCCUGGAAUGCACCUUCUCCCUCGCACCCCUCCCCCCUUGUUGUUCUUAGUUUUUCUCUCGAGGUGGGUUAGAUGGUUUAGAAAAACAAGCAAAUGAUGGUAGGAAACAAAAAGCUAGGGGAACGAAAAAGACUGUAGAUCAGUGAAGCCUCCCUCUUUCAUACUACUAUUAUGGUUAUGAAUGUAUGGCACUACUUUAUGUACAAUAGCUACUAGCUACCAUUUUCUAUUAGAAUGUUCUUUUUAAGUAACACUGCGUAACCCCUGAGGGGGUAUUGACUGACUGGUCCGUUGGGACCUUAAGAGAAAAGGAGGAGUAAAAGGAGAAUGGACUCUACCUACAUGUGUAUUUAUCCUACUGUUUUUACCAAACAAAUGUCAAUUAUGAUUUUUUUGUACUUGUUUUGUUGGAACCCGGUCCUCCCUCCCCUAUGUACUCGCUCCAUUUGAUCCUGCACCGUAGAGAGAUCCUACUCUCUUUUUUUACAAGUUUGUCCUUUUGUUUUCAACACCAUUUUAGUAUUGAAUAAAAGCUAGAUAUUUAACAUGGCUUUCCUCCCCUUACAGUUUUCUUAAGGCCCGUAUGAGAGUGUUCGAUUUGAAGUUUGUCUAGUUUUAAUUUGCGCUACAGGAAGUUUGCCUCUCCCUGCAUAGAUUAUCGUGGCAAGUAACGUUGUCAUGUACAGUGUGUUUUGAGGCAUCUGUUUUAAGUGGUCAUGCUUCAUGCCUCUCUUAGUUGAUCAUUUGUGCUUCAGAACCAACUAACAACUAUUUGUGGGAAAAAACCUGCAUUCCUCUGCAUUUAGAAUGACGCUCACUGAAAACGCUUUUCUCACUGAAACGCUUUUAGUGAUAUUGGAUAUUUCGACUUGCAUGUACUAACAUUGAAAUUGUAUCUGAUUAAACCAUUAUACACUAGGGAUGUUCAUAAAUGAAUGGUUCAUGCUAAGUAGGUUUUUCAAAAUUCCAUUAAACAUCAUUGCAAGGCA